GACCAGAUUCCUGGUUGUGAGUAGAAUUUGCAGAGAGUGAAGUAAAGCAAGGGCUGAGCUGAAGGACGGUGGGUUUGGGGGUGGAACGAUGGUGAACAGAACCCAGUUGGAGGAUUGCAUCGAGUCCAGGGAGGGUGACUGUUCAAGGCUAGCACAAUGAAUACAAGCCCGGGCACAGUUGGCAGUGACCCUGUCAUCCUGGCCACUGCUGGUUACGAUCACACUGUCCGCUUCUGGCAAGCACACAGCGGUAUCUGCACUCGAACUGUGCAACAUCAGGAUUCUCAAGUGAAUGCCUUAGAAAUCACCCCAGACCGCAGUAUGAUUGCAGCAGCAGGGUAUCAGCAUAUCCGAAUGUAUGACCUAAAUUCCAACAACCCGAACCCAGUCAUCAAUUAUGAUGGAGUCAGCAAAAACAUCACCUCAGUGGGAUUCCAUGAGGAUGGGCGCUGGAUGUAUACUGGCGGGGAGGACUGCAUGGCACGAAUCUGGGACCUCAGGUCACGUAACCUGCAGUGUCAGAGAAUCUUCCAGGUCAAUGCUCCUAUUAAUUGUGUCUGCCUGCAUCCCAAUCAGGCAGAGCUGAUUGUUGGUGAUCAGAGUGGUGCCAUUCACAUCUGGGACCUGAAAACUGACCACAAUGAGCAGCUAAUUCCAGAGCCAGAUGUUUCAGUCAAUGCAGUUCACAUCGAUCCAGAUGCAAGUUACAUGGCAGCUAUCAAUAGUUCGGGUAAUUGCUAUGUGUGGAAUCUGACAGGUGGAAUUGGUGAUGAUGUCACUCAGCUCAUUCCCAAGACCAAGAUCCCAGCUCACAAACGCUAUGCUCUACGCUGCAAAUUCAGCCCUGAUUCCACACUUCUUGCUACAUGCUCAGCUGAUCAGACCUGUAAAAUAUGGAGGACUUCAAACUUUUCACUGAUGACAGAGCUUAGCAUCAAGAGCAACAAUCCAGGAGAGACAUCACGAGGCUGGAUGUGGGAUUGUGCAUUCUCUGGGGAUUCACAAUAUAUUGUCACAGCCUCUUCAGAUAACCUUGCGCGCCUGUGGUGUGUGGAGACAGGUGAAAUUAAACGGGAGUACAGUGGCCAUCAGAAGGCAGUCGUGUGCCUUGCCUUUAAUGACAGUGUUCUGGGCUGAAGAUUUCCACCCCAUCCCACCUCCAUCCCUCUCUUUGCCCCAUUCCCUUUUCCAUUCCAAGCUCUUUUUGAAAUUAAUUCCCAGCCGAAAUUGUUCUUUGGAAGCCUCUGUGAGAUCAAUCUGAGCUGCUCAAUGCUGGAACAUAUGUACAUGCAUCUUUGGCAGGUUCAACCAUCACAUGACUUGUGAGACAGUAAUUAAUAGCCCAAGAACAUGCGUUCUGAUGCCAAGGUUUUAGUAAAGUCAGUGACAGAUAAAUGAGCUUUUCACCCUGUGUCCACUUGAACUCUGAAGAAAUGUCCAGCAACACUUUUUUAGACCCUUUGCUUCCAAACCUGGACAGUCAGAUGUAUAUUAUGAACUUUCUAAUACCUCUUGAAGUAUUGGUAAGUACAGGUCUAUUGUUGGCGGUAACAAUAUGAAUAUUUUUGAAGGUAUAAAUUAAGGAUAUCCUGUGCAGUGUUAAAGUGUAAGCUCUCUGUUGUUACAUCCUUCUAUGUAGUAACUUUGAUAGAAGAGAAGCUUGUCAACAAUUCUAGAAUCCUAGUGUGAACAAGUUUGCUUUUACUCCAAUUGUAGUGGGAGCCACAAUGGAAGCUGUUUGAUUUGUAGGAAGCGGGCAUAUCUGAUGCCAUCAGCAUAAUCAUCUGACAUUUUGCAUACUGAGACAAUAUGGACAAUGAGUUUACAAUGCAAUCAUAAAUGUUCUGAUCGUUAACCUGAUGCUGAGUAAAAUCAUUAAACCUA